UUAUUUUUUUCUCCUUCAGCGGUUCUGUGAUUCGUCUAUGCUGUUCUCAUGGCUCACACCUUGUUCUAAUUGCAUUGGCUGACUAUUCUGCUUGUCUGUUCUCUGAUUGGCCAGAGUUGGUUCCCUGUCAAUCCGGGCCGGUGCGCGUUUCAGCCACCGGCCUGCACCAUAUCGUAGAGGGAGGAAAAGCUGGAAACUGGGGGCACCAACAUGGAAUUGCCCCCUGGACGCGGCUUCUCACCUCCGGGACCGCGGCCCGUACCCCCUCCCCGCAAGAGCUCUAUGGACCGCCGGACGCUCAGCCCUGUAAGACGAGAGGCAAAGGGUAGCGCGGCAGGUGACGUCAGUGGUGAGCAGAGGGCAUUGUGGGAGCGAGGGAGUGAUGUCAAUGGUAGCGGUGAUUCAGUGACUAGGGGGGAAGUUCCUGGAACCCCUGAGAAAGCUGCCCGUGAUGGAAGUGAGAAAGGCCACAGGAAGGAUGGGAGUGUCACUCAGAGGGUUGUCAUAGUGAUGCAGAGCAGGGUCACAACAUCAGCAGACAAGCAGGGCAGUGAUACAACAACAACACCCCAACAUGAUACCAGGAGUUGUGAUGUCCAGCAGCAGCUUCAUGAGGGACAAGGGACCCUGCACCAUGAGGCGCAAAUCAUUGUAACUCAAGCAAAGGACAUCACAAGGGGACAGGGCCCCAGCGCCACUAAUGUGCCGCCACAACAGGACCCAGAGAGACAUGGAGUUCUGCCUCAGAGUCUUCAGCGGGAGAAUGUGACACCAGACACUCCGCCGCAACAUCAAGUCAUUCAGUUCAUCCUGGAAACAGAGGGCGACGGCCAGAUCACUUGUCACCAGGAUCAGGAACAUCCGUGGAUGCCGCAGAAAGACAGCGCAAUAGUACGGCAGGAUCGCGAGAGCCAAAUUAAAGUGCAACCAAAUAGGGAGGGCCGAGUGACUGUGCCACAGGGUGAGGUGUUGGAACAGGGUAGUGGGAGCCAUGUUGCAUCUCCACCACAACCGAGUGUUAUCGGACAAGCACAGCAGCAGAAAGACAAUAACCUGACUCCACAACAAGACCGUUCAAAUAGUCAGAGUUGUGCGUCACAACCACAAGAGGGCCCAAGCCAAGAGACCGUGGCACAGGCAGUCAGUGCCAACCAAGCAGCGUUGCCGUUGGAUAGUGCCAGUCCCGUGGCGCUGCAGCAGGAUUCUGCCCUAGAAAAGAAACCGCCAGCAAAUCCCGAGAAUCGUGUAACCGUACAACACAAGAUUGUCAUUGAGAGGGAGGUGACGGUUGGGCAGGAUGGCAGGGCAGCGGAAACCGACAGGGCAGCUCAGAGGCAAGAGGAAUGGCAGCAGUGCGGUGAACUUCCCCCAUCUCAGCCGCACAGCAUGGCGUCAAGUGAAAAGGCACUACAACCAACCAAUGUAAUUCUUCCACAGGACACCAAUAUGCAGCCUGAUGUCACACAGGUGCAGGAUAGUGUUAGGCAAAGUAUUGUUAACAAACCUCAAGAGAGCACCACUCAGAAGGAGGGAACGGUGGUUCAGGAUGGGGCCGUGCACAGUGUUGGGACUUCUGUACAAAAGCCCUUGUUGGAAAAGAGCAGUCCAACAGAUCAACCUUCCACAUCCUCAGGACCUUCUCAUUCUUCACCUGGAACAGCCCCAGUGGCUGCCCCUUCCCCUAUCCGUGUUAAUGACCUCUCAAGCCCUCAAAGGAGCAUCUCUUCUAAACCCCCUCUCCCCACCCCAAUUAGAUCAAAUCUGUACCCUGGCUCGCAGCUCCCGGGACAUGAUCAGGAUUCUUCCCUCCGGAGUGAAACGGCCUCUCUGUCCAGCUACAGGAUGAAGCCUCCAGCUCCAGACACCCUCAGUUACUUGGACUCUGUUAGCCUGAUGUCGGGCACAUUGGAGUCGCUCACCCUCAUGGACGAUGCCAGCUCUUUGGGCUCUGAUUCCGAGAUCAAUGGCAUGCCGUACCGCAAGACCGACAAAUAUGGAUUCCUGGGAGGAAAUCAGUUCAGCGGCAAUGGGGAGAGCGCUCUAUCUGUGGAUAUCUCCCGACAGAGGGAGCUGAAGUGGCUGGACAUGUUUAGCCACUGGGACAAGUGGAUGAGCCGUCGGUUCCAGAAGGUGAAGCUCCGUUGCAGGAAGGGGAUUCCGUCCUCUCUUCGUGCAAAAGCAUGGCAGCUUCUGUCUAACAGCGAGGAACUUUUAAGGAAGAAUCCAGGAAAAUUUGAUGAGAUGGAGCGGCAUCCAGGAGACCCCAAGUGGCUGGAUGUGAUUGAGAAGGAUCUACAUAGACAGUUUCCUUUUCAUGAGAUGUUUGCUGCUCGCGGUGGGCACGGACAGCAGGAUCUGUACCGUAUCCUAAAAGCCUACACUGUGUACCGGCCGGAGGAAGGAUAUUGCCAGGCGCAGGCUCCGGUGGCAGCUGUUCUUCUCAUGCACAUGCCAGCUGAGCAAGCCUUCUGGUGUUUGGUUCAGAUCUGUGAUAAAUACCUACCAGGAUAUUACAGUGCUGGGUUGGAAGCGAUCCAAUUAGACGGGGAGAUUUUCUUUGCCCUCCUGCGUAAGGUGUGUCCCAUGGCCUACCGGCACCUGAAGAAGUUCAAGAUUGACCCCAUCCUUUACAUGACCGAGUGGUUUAUGUGCAUCUUCUCCCGGACCCUGCCGUGGGCAUCAGUGCUGCGUGUCUGGGAUAUGUUUUUCUGUGAAGGGAUUAAAAUUGUGUUCCGCGUGGGUCUGGUUUUACUGAAACACACUCUGGGCUCCGUGGACAAGUUGCGCAGUUGCCAGGGGAUGUACGAGACCAUGGAAAAGCUGCGCAGUCUGCCGCCACAAUACAUGCAGGAGGAUUUCCUGCUUCCUGAGAUCAGCGGCCUUCCUAUCACGGACGUGCUGAUUGAGCGAGAAGGCACCACCCAACUGCGGAAGUGGCGUGAGAAUCGAGGCGAGUUACAGUACCGCCCCUCUCGCCGGUUACACGGAGCUCGUCAGAUCCACGAAGAGAAAGUCAGGCUUAACCCAUCCCUCAGCGGCAGCCGUCUGAGCCUCUCCAGCCUCUCCAGCUUCCGUCGCUACUCCCCACCCCCGACUGCUGCUCUGCUUCCCGAGUCCGUGGUGGUAUCUGAGGGGCUUCGUCCAGCCCUGCCUUCCCCGACCUCCAACAAAACCCAACUGGUCCCUCCUAAAGAAAGCGGGAAGAAAGUCAAGGUGAAGCAAAGAGAACAAGAGAAGCAGAGAGAGAGGGAAGAGAAGGAGGAGAAGGAACGGGAGCGGAAAAGAGAGAAGGAGGAGAAGCUGAAGGAAAAGGAGAGGGAGAAGCUGCGAGAAAAAGAGGAGAAGCAGAGGGAGAAAGAGCAACGAGUUCAGAAGGAGAAGGUCGAGGGGAAGCAGAAAAAAGAGAGGAAGUUUUCUUUUCGGCGCAAAGACCCAUCCACCCCGGCAACGGAUGCCCCGAAAAAGACUGGGAAAGGGGCAGCGGACAGUGCAGCAGGGGCAGUUCAUGACACAUACUUUUGAAGGAUUCUUUCCCCCCUACCCUUUGACUUGGGGGGCUUCACCCCUGUAUAAGGCAGCAGAGCCUGGCGCUGGAAUGCAAACCAAGUCCUUACCAUAGAGUCUUACUGAGAGACAUCCAGCACUACUCCCAGCUCCCGACAUAUCCACAGGAGGGGGCUCUCCCUUAGGGGGGCCAGGGCUGUACCAACAAUAGGGGGAAGAGGUGUGUGUACUUUCACCACACAUGGGAGGAGCUGAGCUAAGACUUGCCCCCCCCAAUUAUCUGUUAAUGUAUACAGCCAUGCAAAUAGGACAUAGGGGUGUCCUGCAGGAAACCGCAGAGAAGGAGAGUUGUCCCAAAUACAUUCGUUUUAAUGCUCCUCGUGGUUUUAAAGGGGUAAAGUGGGAAAGCUCCUCCUAGUUGAAUGUCCAAGAAGGGCACAUGUGUUGGACCAAUCUCCUCUGCAUAUAACACACACACUCAGUGCAUAUAAACUUAUAUCUAUAACUAAUACCCCUCUAUGCUCUCUGGUGCAAAUUAGGAAUCUGGAGAUUCUCAUAGGAUACCACUUCCCACUGGAAGCUUUCCCUGAUCCCCCCAAUUCAUUAUAUAUAUAUAUAAAUAUAUCCUUCUCUUCCUGCACCUCACCCUCUUGCUUGUGCAACCGACUCCCCUCUUCACUCCUUUCUCUCGUGCACUUGCACCCGGCAGCCUGUCCUUGUUUACAAUGCGUGUGCAGCCUGUUCCACUUGCCGUCUGUAGGCCUGGGGUAGCCACGUGCUCCGCAUGUAACUGGGGUUGACCACCGACUGCUCCGCACGCAUUUCAGGUUUUUGUUUGUUUUAUUUGUGUAUAUAUAUUGGUCACGUGGCUUCUUGUUUUUAAAUGACUCCAUGUGCCGUAAUCCCAAAGCUCUGCACUAACUGUACAGGCUCCAGAGCAGCUCCACUCCUCCUCUUCCCCCCCAUUGCAGCACGCAGAGCAUCAUUUCCAUAAGUUAAAUGCCAUUUAGCAGUGCAGAGCGUUAAGCAGAAAGUGUUCUGCCAUGGUUUGUACCUGUGCCCCAGAGGAGAGGCUAAAUCUGCACUUUCACUGAUUUGCCAAGUAGAGCAGACUUUAUUGAUGCAUCUGGGGAGCGCAGUGGGCGGGGCUUGGUGCCAGUUGCCUCAAUGAAGUGCAUUUUAUCUCUAUGCUUUUCCCUGAUGCUCUGCUCUGAUAUGAUUACACACUACUCUGCUGCUCAGCUCUCACUUCCCUGUACUUUGCUUCCCUACUCAUUUCACUUCUAGGUGGAUUUCCUGCUUAAAGCUAUUCCGGUUUCUUCAUAUCCCCAGUCUUCUUCCGUCACACUUCUCUCAGAGGCCCCAAAUGUUUAUCAGGUAGGGAUGCACCGAAUCCACUAUUUUGGAUUCGGCCGAAUCCUCCGUGAAAGAUUCGGCCGAAUACCGAACUGAAUCAGAAUCAUAAUUUGCAUAUGCAAGGAUGGGAAGGGGAAAACAUGUUUUACUUCCUUGUUUUGUGACAAAAAGUCACUCAAUUUGCAUAUGCAAAUUAGGAUUUGGAUUAGGUUCGGCCAUGCAGAAGGAUCAGCAUAAUCCUGCUGAAAAAGGGUGAACCCCAAACGGAAUCCUGGAUUCAUACAUCCCUAUCAUCAGGGCACGUGCCCUCUGCCAAAGUUCCUGGUUUAUAGGAGCCAAGGGCCAUUAAUGAAUGGAGUAGAGGUCGGGGCAGCUGUACAGUCACUCUGCUGUCUGACAGUUGCAGGAUACACAGCACUGUGUAUAUCUGAGAUACGUUAGUGGAGGCAUUUCACCGCUCGCACAUUCACCACCGCUCUUGUCUGUUCCUCUCACGUUGCUUCUUACACUCCAAAAACGCUACUCGCGGUGUCUCCCGGUUGUCCACCAUUUUAAUCCCAUCGGCACAGGGGGUGUGGCCUGCAUGUUACUCUGUGUCAGUCCUGGAGAACCGCCAGUCAGUUGUAGUUGAUGAUUUCCCUGUAAGAGUUCUAGACUGUAGCUUCGUUCAGCCGUGGGAACUGUUAUGUUGCCCAAGUCCAACCCACUUGGUGCCAUUGUAUUAGCCCGCGGGCUUGUUCUUACCCUCCUCUGCCCGGACGCAAUGCCCAACAUGUAUGUAAACUGCCCUGCAUGUCCUACAUAUACAUUGUACUGUGCAUGUAACAUACAGACUGCUCUGCAGCCUCUCCAGCACUGAUGGAUGGAACUGGAAUAUUUUGUUGUAAUAUUAUGUAUUUGUCAGAAAAAAAAACCCCUGGGGUGCAGCGUGGGAUUAAGGUGGCGCUCCCUGUCCUGCUGCCACUCUUACCCUUUCUUUACGGCAUCAUUAUAAAAAAAAUUAACCCUUA